AUGUCCACCUCCGCGGCUCGAAACAACUCUGUACCACCCGACUUCGUCCAGUAUGCGGGCUCAGGGCUCCUCAGCGACAUCAUCAGUGCCGACGUCCUCGAGCGCGAGCUGAAGUCCUGGACAGCGUGGCGGGAGAAGGAUGCCAGUUUCAACUUGGCGAUUGCCACUGCCAAUAGGCUCGCGCUUGCCCUCAAGAACAUUGAGGUCUAUCGUAAACGCCAUGUGCCCACUUUACGGGUCGCUGCGAUUAUCUGGCCUUUGUUAAAGGUCGAAAUAGCUUGUACAGCUGAGCGUAACAGGACCAAUCCCGGCCUCAUUGAACUUGUCCGCCAUUUCCGCGACCUCCACAACAAGUACAAUGGCUAUACGGAGGAUUUCAUGCUGGAGGCGGUGCAGGUACCCGUACCCGGUGGGCUGGAGAACGAGCAGUUUAUGUCAGUGCGUCGUGUAGGGCCUGUUCAUUGGUGGAUGGUCUUAUCACGCGUGCACUUGAACCCGGCGCGCAUGGGCAUCAUCCGUGCUCACAUUGUUACGGUCUGGAAUUCGAUCCUGCAGCAGAAAGCGAAAAAUGCUGCUGCUGCGAAUGCAGUACAACAGUCGGGGUCUAGCCAAGCCAGUCCGGACGCCAGGGUGCUUCCGCUAAGCUCCGCUUUGCAGAGCCGCGAGUCUCUUCAUCACGUCUCGUCUAGCGGAGCUGAAGGUCCGGCGGAGGUCUCACAAGCUCGCGGAGGUCCGGGAGGUUCAUCUGCGCCUCCGCCGGGUCUCCCAACAGCCCCAGGUCCGCCGGAGCCGCGACCAGCUCAACAUGCUCUACCUACGGUUCAGGCUCACACUGCGUCUACAUCUUCGGCAGGUCAACGUGUGGGAAGUAUGGGCCCUCCUCCACCACCGUCUACCGCGCCCAAAGCUGCGCCCGAGUCAACCAAGGAGACGAAGGGGAAGAAGGCUUUCUUCGAUCCGCCCCAUGGCGUGAACACUGGCAAAAUACGCGUGGUCGUGGACGAUGCGGAGGUUCUCGCGCGUGCUGGACCGGAUGGGAAGCUCAAGCCGGAGGACGUUUGGAGUCUGAAGGGGAUGUAUGGGCUCCGUGAGGUUAUCUUGAAGGAGGGUGUAUGCUUCAAGUGCCAGCUCAUGAGGCUACCGUGCAUCUACCGCGGCUUCAACGCGUGCACGAUUUGCUGGGUUACAAGCAAACAGUGCAGCGGUGCCGGUGUACCCGAGCUUCCGCAGGGCAAGAAGCCUGAAGACUAUCAAGGAAAGCCUGAAGUUCGCGCGGAGACGGUACGUUUCCUGCUGGAGGGCGGGUACGUCUCACAGGCCGACAUCGACAAGUGGAUGACGGAGAACUAUGCGACACGCUCAUUAGAAACCGAGCCAAGCGCGCCACAGGCUCCCAUCGCGCGUAGUCAAUCUCAGGCGGCCCCCUUGGCCCAAGCAGCAUCUUUGCCCGCACGACAAGCGCAGACCGACGUCGAAUCUGAUGUCAGUUUGUCUUCUCUCGCUCAGCCUCCGCUUCAGGCCGUUCCUAGCAUCGGUUCAAAGCGUGCACGCUCGUCGUCAAACUUCUCCGGCCCCGCCAAACAGCACGACUCGCCUCCCAGGAAGAAGGCGCACGAGCAUCAGUCCCAGGUUGCGCGUGUCAGCAGCCCGCCAAUCACAGGAUACAUCCCGCUACCGAUAGCAUCGCGCCCUCGCAACGUAGAGGGGCUCAAUGCUCUCAUCGACCAUCAGAUCGCAGUCAUUGUGUAUGAGCGCGGCCAGAACGAGCAGCUGCGUAUUGAGAACGCGGUUCUGCGCCAACAGUUGGAGCAGGCCGCAUCGUACCAGGACGCGACGCUGCGCAACAACGACAUUCUCCAGCACCUCGAGGAGAUCAAGGAGGCGAUCACACCGUCCGCGAGCUCUCAGCAGAGCCGGGUUUACACUACACCCGCUCAUCUCAAGCCUGGAUACGCGCCUCCUGCGCAGGCGUCCGCGCACACGGCCCCCGUCACCGCAUCUGCACCUCCAACAGCGUCUUCUACAGCUCGUUCGGCACCGCAGGCUUCACGCGCACCGACAUCUGAAGCUCUCAAGCGUGCAAUGGCCUUUGGACAAGCUGUCGGACCCCCGAAACCCGCCGGGCCUGGCAGCUCCGCCGGACCUGCAGCUCCGCGUACCAUCUCCGUCGGCCCUGAGGUCUCCGCCUCAUCUGAAAGCUCUCCAACAAGCUCCCAGGCGCAUAUCCUGGCUUACAAGGACACCGCGGACACGCAGCUCGGGCUCCCAAUGGAGGAUGACGAGAUGCGCAUCUUUCACCGUGUGUUCAAUGCUGUUGACGAUGAAGAGCUGCCUCUGCCAGACGAUCUGUUGCCCGGUCAGGAGGAUCAAGAUGAACUGGAGGAUGCUGAUACUUGGGGUGUGCCUGCUGAGUCGACGGCGGCCGCGGAUAAGGAGGUGGAGGAGCCUGAGGAGGUAACUGGAUUGGUACGUGCGGAUGAGACUGACUCAGAGGAGUCGGAUGCGCGCGGGAACACGGGCGCCUCGGGUGCUGGCCAAGCCGAUGCAUCUUCAGCUGAGGAUGCCGAGGAACCGGAGUCUGAGCCGAAAGUUCGUCGCUCGACCCGGGGAGCCAAGCCGACACGCGCGUAUGUGGAGCCGAAGCGCCAGCCCAGCGGGCGCAAGUCUGGGGCUUCGUCAUCGGCAUCACCCGCCAAACAGUCUUCAAACCCCGAGCCUCGUGCGCCGGCUGCUGGUAAGAAGCCUCCUCGUAGGUGGUAA